AUGAACGCUCUCCAGGUCUACUCUCUGGCUCUGCUGUCCGUCAUGGCAGCUCAGGCUCAGGUCAUCAUGCCCGGCAGGUGCCCACAGCCUGCGGUGCAGAAGGACUUUGAUGCUGCCAGGUAUCUGGGCACCUGGUUUGACAUCAAGAAGCUUCCAAUGACUUUCCAGAAGGGCGAAUGCAGUACUGCCACCUACACCCUGCAGAGUCCUGGAGUGGUGGGCGUCUUCAACAAAGAGCUGCUGGCCGAUGGAACUAUCAACACCAUCACUGGAACUGCUACAGCCCUGGACCCCUCUGAGCCUGCCAAACUCUCUGUCUCCUUCUUCGAGAACUCUCCUCCCGCUCCCUACUGGGUGCUGGAUACUGACUACAGCAGCUACACCCUGGUCUACAGCUGCACUGACCUGGGUAUUGUCCACACGGACUUUGCCUGGAUCAUGAGCCGUGAGCCCACCCUCUCCCCCGUCACCGAGGCAAGACUCACUGCUAAACUGACCGCUAUCGGAGUCAGAGUGGACAAACUGGUCCGUACUGUGCAGGAUGAGGAGUACUGCAGCGCCGUGUAA